GAAAUUACCGUUGAAUGUGAAGUUAGCUAGAAGUUUACGCCCUCUUUGAAACAUUUCAAGAAUGAAUUUGAUUAUUCAAUGUUUUGAAAAACUUUUUAUAACUGAUCGCUUCAUUUAGCAAGCUGUUGCUAUUUCAGAAGUUUAUAUAUCAAAAAAAUAAUCAAAAACAAUAAAAAACUUUUAUACGCGUACAUCAAUUGACUAAAAAUAGAGAUGAAUGAAUAUGGUACUGAAAUCACUGUAAAAGAGGUAGAUACAGUUUUAUCCAAUAUAGAAAACAAAUAUUCUUCAAUUAAAAAUUUUCCCAGUAGCAAUGAUGAACUUGAAGAAAAUUUGUCAGUUCUCUCAAAAGAAUUUGAUUCCAUUGGUAUUACUCCGAUUGAUUUUUCACAACCACUUCCAAAAAUGUUUGAGGAACUUGUUUGUAAUGCUAGAAGCUUAGUACAAAUACACAGAAAAACUUUAGCACAAAUGAAAGAUACAAAUAUAACCAGUCAAAGUAAUAAUGUUAAAAAUAGCUAUUUACACAAAGUGGUUGAAAAUUAUCAAACGAAAAUAGAUUUUUAUGAAAACAAAAGUGCGACACAACAAAAUAGAAUAGAAGUUCUAGAACAGAAAGUGAGAGAAUUGAGAAAAAGGGAAACUGAAUUAAAAAAUGAAAUGGAGAAGGUUAAAAGGUACCACAUGGAACAGAGCAAUGAUAAUAUGAGAAAAAUUAAAAAACUUCUAGAAGAAAAUAGAAAAUUAAAAGAAAAAGAAUCACUUGUCACACCUCAUUCCAAAGAUGAAAUUUUACUAAAAUUCUUAGCUAAAUACAGAAAAAAUGAAGACAUCUACAAAACAACUAUUCAAGAAUUGGAAGAAAAUAACAGACAGUUAGUGAAAAAAAUUGUUGAAAUGAAAUGCAGAGAAGAACUAAACUGAUGGUAUUGGUAUUUUAUGAUAUUAUUAUUGACCAAAGUUAUUGUAUUAACUAAUUAACUAUUUAUAACUAUACAAAUAUACUCGUUUAUAAUU